UUCUUUUUAGCCAUUUAUUAUGAAUAUCCGAAGCUUAUAUUUAACUGCGCAAUUGUUUUGUUUUGUGAUAUACUACAUUUCCCGGCAGACAUUGCGCUAUCAAGCCCUAUUUUCUAAUGGCAUAGCAUCCGCGAAACACUAGAUGGGGAAAUAACACAGGUGUAAACUGAAGUUAAAGAAAUUUGUGAUGAUGCGUAUAUAAGGCAGUGGAGACAUGCAUCAUCAACGACCGUAACCACCAGGUUUGCCUUGGUAGCGAAGUACCGAAAUAACACGGAGCGCAAUGGGACCCAUCCUGCAGGAGCGAGCAGCGACCAUUAACAACAAGGUGUCAUCCAAAGACAGAGCAUGGACGAAAGUGACGGGAAACAACGGGUCAGCCACCAGUAACAAAAAAGGGAAAGUGAAUCAAAAUCACAGGCUCCGAAAAGCAUUCGGUGCGCAGAGUGUCUCAGCAGCACCGGUCCACGAUUCCACUCCGGCAGCUGCAAAAAGCAAAGGGACCAGAGUCAAAGCAGAGAGACCCAGGGUGUCAGAUGCAAGGAUUAAUCCGCAUGGGACUCCCUGGGGUCAGGAGGCUUCUCAGGUUGAGGGAGCGGGGGAACGAACAGGCAGUAUGAGCCAGACGGGCCCGAGCAGGAAGGGCCUGUCGCUCCCUCUGCCCCCUCGUUCUGACAUGCACCAGGCACUGCUGGCCCUGGAACCUCUGCGACUGCGCGAGCAGGAGGAGGCGGACGCAGACAGUGCCAGUGACCUGUCUGACUCCGAGCGGCUCCCCGUGCCCCCCUCACCCUGCACGCCUCCGCAGCUUAACCUCAGGGCCGAGGUGAUCAGCGCCAGCGACCUCCAGCCACAUUUCCCGGGGCCUCGUGGCCUGAGCUAUGGCAGCCACAGCUAUCCUGACUUUCUGCCUCCCCCAUUCAACACCUGGAGCCUUCAGCAACUGGCUGUCUUUCUUAACACCGAGGGGAGGAGCGCUCCUCGUCCCCGGCCAGUAGGUCACUUGGAGAAGUACUUGGAGCGUCUCUUGCAACUGGAAUGGCUUCAGAUCCAGACGAUCCAGGAGGAGAAUGGCAAGCCCGCCGCUCCCGUGUCUGUUAGCCGCCCCCACCCCCGUCCCCAUACAGCCCCAGCCACCAGCCUCAGCUCCCCCAAGUCUCUCCGCCAGUGCCAGCGUGCCUUCCCUCUCGCCUUCCUGUCAUCCCUAGCUGAGUCCUCCUCCGGGUUACUCUCGGGUCGUGUCUGCCCUCACUGCCGCAUCCGCUACCCCUUCUGCAACGGGACGUGCCUCCUCUACACGUAUCAGCAUUACUCCCGGCUGAGUCCCCUUCUGGAGCGGCGAGCGCAGGCCGGUGCCGCCCCACGGAGGAGCAGCAGCGAGAGCAGAGCAUGCGCCUCCGACCGCAUCCGCAAUCCGGGCAGCCCGGUGAUGGGUAGCAGCCAUCUGAGGCGCAUGCAGGCUGCGGGGAACAUCCGGAAACCCUUAGCUGGUCAGAGGCUCACAUGCAACGCUCUCAUUGGCCCGUCCUGUGCUGGGACCAAUGGACCGAAAGGCCUUACUAAGGGGGGUGGUGCUUCCUAUGUGAAUGUGAAGGGAGGGAGCCCACGAGCUGGGAAAGAGAGAGGAGAAAACGUGUCUGUGGGAAAGGUUUUGAAGAAAGAUCCCAUCCAUACAACUGAUGUCCACACUUUGUCCAGAGGGCUUACUGGUGCAAAAAUUAAUGAAAAGCAGAAACGAGUUAAAUUUGUUACAAACUAUAAAUAAGUUGUCAUCCAUCCAUCCAACUACAUAUCCUGGUGAGCGCUGGGGGGGAGGUGUCCACCUUCAGGUCCUCUUUGGUUCAUGACAUGGCAUAAAACUUAUUUCUGUGUAUUUUAUGAAGGCUGUAGAAAUAUAUAUUCUGGGUAUGUCAUGCUUUUGAGCCUUGUUUACAAGAACCCCUAAAAGAUUUCAUGAUAAUACAGCCUUUCAUUGAAUUAGAAAAUGUUACUUCCUAAACCACAGUUUUAUAAACAGCUUCUAGAUUUUAUAGGUAUCUCCAAUUGCUUUAAUUGCAGAUUGACUUUUCUGCUGGCAUUGCCAAGUUAAGAAAAAGACCACAUCUGCACAUCUGGAAUGUGUGUGUGUGUCUGUGUGUGUAUGUAUGUGUGUGUGUGUCUGAGAGAGAGACAGCCUCAUACCUCCUGGAGUAUUCUGCCCUAACUGAUCGAUGGAUGUGUGGGUGGCUUUGAAUGCUCAUAGCUUAUUUAUUACAGAAGGUUGCUGAACAUAAAAUGCAAUAUUUUAGAAAACAGUUAUAUAUCUUCACAUGCUGAAAUUUCUACAGAUACUUUUGAGGCAAGCUUUUUAUAAUUGUAUACAUUUGUACUGUUUACAUGUGUUUUUCUUAGACGAUGAAUGUGCACAGCAAUGUGUUUGGGAUGCAUUGUAGGUAUAAUUAUUUAUAAUAUUUACUAUGGUAAGUUGUGUAUAAUUUAAAAAUUGUUCUAGCAUGCAAUACACAUUAAAAGGUGCAAAAUGUACCUUCAAUGAAAAUAGUUUUUUGUAUUCUUGAAUUAUCAUCUGUGGGAUUGAAAAUUACAUUAUAAUCAGGGAUUAAAUGAAUUGUGAAGUCUAAAAAAUUGGAAAAUUGUGAUUAUGUGAAAUAUCCAUGGCAGGUAAGAUUUUUUUUCUGAAAAGUUAUGGAACUGGAAAUAUAUUGUGUGGCUCUUCAUGUUGUACUUUUGUUUAUGCAUAUGCAUUUUUAAGUAUUUAUCAAGAGAAAUAUAUAAAAAUAUAAGAAGUUAGUUUACAACUGUAUGAAAAAGUACUGUGUUCAGGAAUAUAUGUUGCAUUUAUUCCUGAAAUUUGUUACCUGUGGGUCACAGUAUGUGUGGGUUUUACAGACCUUUCAGUGUCUUAUAGUUCAUAAGAAUUUUGAAGUGUAUCCUAAAUUUAAAACCAAUAAAGGGAUUCAGAAUCGUUG